GCAGAUCUCAUUAAUAGAAUUCCUCUUUGGUAAUCAAAUACUAUUACAGGUGACUACUCAUACUCCAACACUCUCACAAACUGAAUUUGAGGAAUUAGCAAAUCGUAUUGAAAUGGAUAUGAGAAAUAUGACUAGAAUGCAUUUAGAAGCAUUUCAAACCGAACAAGAAUUUAUUAAUAGCAUUGAUAUGAUGAUAAGAAAGGGUGAAUCCCAUGAACAUUGUGUCAUUUUUGAAUGUGAAAGAGCUCAUGAAAAUGGAAAUUUAAUUUCUUGCUGUCGGUAUUGUCUGACUGACAAAUUCAGAGAAGCUGUUGACUCAGGAGGGUUGAACACUAGGUUUGUUUUCCUCGUUCAUCUACCAAAGAAGUGUUUGAAGUCAAACUUUGUAAGCUUUCAAGAACGCCCUUGGCUAUGCUAUCAUGUUGAUGCCAUAUUCUCUACUGAGAAUUCAGUACCUUUGAAUCAGAUCCUUAGUGGUGAAGUGUGUUCUAUGAGCGACAUUUAUUAUGAUGAUAAUGAACAUGACAUUACUGAUCUUUCAAUUGAUGAUAGUGAUGUCAGUGACAGUCAGCAAUUCAAAAGUUAUCAACUCCUACCAUAUUCAGAGCCUCAAAGAAUCAAUCUAUGUAAGCGAAUGUAUUUACAAAUAUCAAAAGCUGCAUCAAAUCCUGAUCAAGUUAACCAACUUUCACAAAUAAUUCCUCAAACAAUACUUUUCCCACUUAGUAAAGAUAAAAUUACAUUUCAUUUACAAACCAUUCAUCUUAUUAAGGGCAUACUCAAGGAUAGAGAGUUAAAAGAGGGUACAAAUGUUCAACAGAAAUGGAUAUUAGAUGAAUCUAUGAAUAUGACUAAGCUUCAAGAAGCUGGAACAUUUCAAAAUGCAGUUGUGAGGAAAUUUGAUGAUAUCAUCAUUCCAAUUUUUGCCAAGAUAAUCUCUGUUAUUGAUAAAUAUUCUAAUUUGAAGUUACUAUCAAAAAUUGAAACUGAGUUAGAACAAUUGUGGCUUAAUUUGUACAACUCUGAUUAUGUCACCCAGAUGAUAAUGUCAAAACUUCGAUCUACACCAGAUGAUAGUUGUAUUAAUGCUACUUCCACAGAGCAAUUUUUUUGUCAAUUUCCAUUUUGCUGGAUUUUGAAUGAUAUUGUCAAUGAAAAUCCUAAUAAAGAUACUGAGGAGCUUAUUACACUACUACAAGACUAUGGUUUAUUCCAAAGUUUUGAAAGCUUACCAGAAACUACUAUUAGCUCCCUUGCAAGGUUUUAUGUGCAUGACUUUGUUCAUCUUUUGAACACUAAAGGACAGCCACUGGAGAAAGACUAUUAUGCAAUGCUGGAAAAGUGUAUGAUUGCUAUGCUGGCAAUACCUUUUUCUAAUGAGCUUAAUGUCACUUCACUGUUUCAAAUAGUUGUUAAUGUACAAAAGAUUUAUUCUGAAAACAAGUCAUUUUUUGAUUUGUUUUCUGAACUUAUAGUGCUAGUACCAUCUACUGUUCAUAAGAUGAAAUCAAAGCCAAAUGAUUCAAAUAUUGAAAUACAUGUAUUAUUAGUUGAGGCAUUGGAAAUAGUGUUAGAUAGCCCUUUCUUAGACGUAAAAGUUCCACUAAUGAGUAAAAAAGAAGUAUCAUUACAAGGAUGGAUGCAAAAACAGUAUGAGUCUCAUAGAAUCAUUUUUAGCAUUGUUGAAGAGUGUGACAUACCUCCAAAAGUAUUCCUAAAAUGGCAAUGGGUUUGUGUGAUGAAGCUGUUCUUUGAGUAUGUUGUACUGCAAAAUCAAAAAGAAACAAUAAUUUUUGCUAGAAGAAUUGAGAAGGUUUCAGCAAAAAUUAAUGAUUUUGAAGAUUCUAAUGCUCUUAACAUUGUUGCAUUUUUACUUUCUGAAAUUAAGAAAGAAUUAAAGAAAUUGGAAGUAGCAAAACAACAGAUGAUCAAAAUAAGCUGUUGGUCUUUCUUCUUAAAAGUGCUGUCUACACUUUGCAUUGAUGGAGAUAUUUAUGAUGAAGAAUUGAUUGACACUUUAAUUCAGGCUGUAUUCUCAACUACUCAAAAUGUGAAAGAUAAAAAGCUGUGUACAUAUUUACAGAACCAUGUGGAAGAAAUGACUUAUUUACAGUCCUUUACAAUUAAACUAAUCAUGCAAUAUGAGUAUAACAAGAUACAAAGUAAACUGACAAAUAUUAUGGGAAAAAUCAGUUCACCAAACACUCAAAGCUUUAUUGGAAUAUUCCUAGCAAACACAAAGACUAAAUUUAGUGUAUCAAUGCAGAGUGAAAAAAUGACUUCCGUUGCUGAUAGUUUGUUAGGUGAAGGACAUAGAUUGUUGAUGCAGUGUAAAAAUGAUGGAGCAUUGUCACCACAAUGCUGGUUGGCAGUUGCAAAGUUUACAAAAGGCCUUGAAGUUUUAGCAAAAAAAAUACAUGAAUCAAUCUUUUAUAUGGAAGCUGAUCCUGACGUUAUUUACCUUUUUGAUGAAGCUCAAAGCUACUGUCUGUCUGAUGAUCUUAAUGAUGAUCAAACUACAGAAGGACCAUUUUGGUAUCUCAUUCGCUACAUUAUAAGAACUUUUGGCAGCAUAUCAUUGAUGAGAAUAUUUAGAAAUAAUUAUUUUAAGUGGAUUUUGCCAUCUGAAAACUUUAAAGAUGAAGAAUUUAUUGACUUUGUUGCUGUAUACAAUCCUACUUAUCAGGAUAUCAGAUCUGCCAUUAGUAGAGCUACAACAGGAGAAUUUGAUGAACUAGAUCAAGCAGUUAAAAGUCUUAAUCCUACAUUCACUGUUCCACUUGCAUUAGCAUUAUUUGAAAGAGUAAAAUUAAGCUAUGCAACAGAUAUUCCUUCAAAAAAACUUUCAUCAGAAGUGCUACAUAUUGUUGAUGAACUCCUUCAAAAUCAGCAGUGCAGCGUUUUCCCUUCAAUGCAGGCUAGAAAAGAUGAGCAUGAAGAUUCAAUAUAUCAAAUGAUAGUGGUCCAUUCAGUUCUUACCAUACUUGCUAACAAAAAAACUGGACAUAUGAGAAUGUUAUCAAACUUUCUUUCAUCACCAGAGGCACUUAAGGACUUAAUGUUGCCUGCUAUGCCUAUAAAGUUGUCAAGCAUUAAAGAAGAGGAAGAAGGUUUUCUUCAGUGCAACAAUGGCCAUCAAUACACAGACAUAAUGUUGGAGUCAUUUUGUAUCCACUGUGGUAGAAUUAUACAAUAUUCAAGUAAAUCAUUGGCUCCAGUAGAUAAAUUCACUGAAAAUGAAGCUUCAUUUGGGUAUAUACCUUUAAAUGACAUGGAAAGAAACCCCCCAACUGGUUUUCUUUCUAAUGCUUCAUAUGCAAUCAUUAGGUGCAUAAUGCACUCAUGCUUACUAUGGUCAUCCUGCAAUGGAAAAAAUAUUUCACCACUAAUGAACGGAAAACUUGAUCUACCUUUACCAGAGUACAAUUCAUUUUUUUGGGGUCAAAUAAAGAAAGAUAUACAACAGUUAUCAAGCAUUACUGGUCAUUCUAUUGAUGAAGCUGCAUUGUUAGUUCAUUUAGUGUUAAAGCAAAUCAAUGAGAAAGGACAUCGUGUGCAACUAACAGGACAAAAUGUUGUUGGUAAUUUAGUAAAACUAAAUGAUAGAAGAAAGUGGGAGGAACAGUUUUAUGAUUGUUACAUUGAAUCUGUUGUCAAGGAUACAGGAUCUAGCAUUAAAAAAAUGCUGAAAGAACUAACUGCUAGAGAUUACAGCAAAUUAUUUAAAGCAGUGUACAUGACUCCCAUGACAUCAUCAGAGCCAUUUUUAUGGAAUGUUUGUCCUACAUUAACUUCACAACAAAUUUGUGGGCAGUUACUGACAAUAAAAGUAUCUGAGGAGCAUCCUGUGAUUUUCACAUAUCUUUCUGAAGUUCAUAGGUUUGAAGCAAUGACAUUUUUGCCAGAUAUCUUUAAAAUGCUUAAAAUAACUCAAAAAGCAAUAUCACAGUUUGAUUUUGAUGAAAAGACACAAGGAACUAUUGAGAACAUGCCAUUCAGGGAAUUUGUUAAUCAAAUUGAUGAUCAACAAAAAGAUGAUUACGAAAGUUAUUUUGUUUCUUUUCAGCGUGCUUGGGAAUUAUGUCAUCAUGAGCUUAAUAAUGGACGCUUGUUUGAGUUAAAGAACAACAGCAUUCAAGUAGAAAUUUCUAAAGAAAUGAAAAUGAAGUACCUAAUACCAACUACCUAUGGACCUGGAGUUAUCACCACUGGAUUGAUUGAUCAUCUCAUCAUUAGUCAUAACAAGUUCAUUAGACUUUGCCGCAAAUUUGUGGAAGAUUCCCUUAAAAAAAAUUGGCUGUGGCAAAGCCCAAAGGUGCCAUUGCAAGAGUUAAGUUCUAAGCACUUUGUGAAGUGUUCUGAUGAAUUUGUCAGGCUAGUCCAAUCUCAUAGUGUAUACACAAUCUCUAAUGGAAAUGUUACUAUUCAAAUAAAUGAUCUUGGAAUCAUUGAAAGAGAUUUUGUUCAGGAAUUUGUAUUAGGAAAACCAAUUAUAACCCAAGUAUUAGAUAUUCCCCAGGUGAUUUGGAAACGUCCUGUUCACAACACACAAAUUAUUGCAGCUGUUAAGAAGAAUAUUCCUCAACAAGCACUGCCUCCUCAAGUCCGGUCAGGGAUUUUAAUGGAUCUUAAAGAUGACUUAGCUGAGAUGACAGUUUUAUGUGAAACAAUCGAGACAGUAAUGAGGUUCCUUCAAAUCAAAAAAGAACCAGCAAAAAAGAAAUUAAAGGAAUAUGUAGAGAAUGAUUUGAUCAUUAUUGGUAAACUAAGAAGUGAAAAGAUCACUGAUUUCUGCUGCUUGGAGCAUGUUGUACCAUUAUGGAGAUUCUUGAAUGUUGAACGUGCUAAAUACAGAGUUCGAAAUGAAGAGGAUUCAUUCAGUGUUAAAAUGGAUUUUAUGGAAAAAAUAGAUGAUGAACAACAAAAAGUGUCUCUUGAAGCAGCAAUCAGUAAAAUGACUAACAUAGACAACAUGUUAGAAGUGAUGUAUGAGAUGAUACAGACCUAUGUACAAACAUGUAAUCUGGAAGACAAGCAUAAACAAUUGAGAGAAGUCUUGUUUGACUAUGUGCAUCAGACCAAAUCUGAGCCUAUUUCUCAUCUUAUGGAGUUCUUUCCUCCUGAUAUUGAACUAAGUCAAGUCGUCUGUGCAUGGAAGGAAAUAGUCCGUCUUCAAGAUGCAACAAAGAAAAAGAUUCGCUAACUUUACAUGUAAUUAAUUAUAGGCCUUAGUGUUAUUAGUAGCUGACUUAGGACAUUUUUAGACUUAACUAAACUAGCUAGUAUAUAGUUUUAUUUGCUGAUUAAUUAAGUUUUUGCGGCUCUCUAAUUAUUAUUAACAAUUUUAUUAGUUGCUUUGUUAACACUAAGCAUUGGUUGCAUCAUGUCCCUGCACCACCCAUGACAGCCAAAAUUUCUUGAAAUCUCAAAAACAGUUCUCAAUAAAAAUAAUAUUAAACUAUUUUAACAAUGCAAAAACUCUGCCCUCCCUGGCCUUCAUCACAGCACUUUUCAGGACCUCAAGACUAGUACUGGAAUCCUUCUGGAGUUCCCUCACUUCCCCUAUAUGCCCACUACCACAGACAAUCAUAAUGAUACUAUCAGGAGGGGAUGAAGACACUAUGUCACAGCAUAGCUUAUCCAGUUCAGAGAGAGUAGAUUUAAACUCUUCCUCAGUAAAACCAGUAGUCCUUUUCUUCAAUACUUCCAUUGAGUGCAAUUGUGUGAAUAUGAAAGUGUUUUUCGGAACACAUUCAAGUACUUUAUCAACAGCUUCU